UUUGUUUCCCUCUUUAGGGUUGCUACAUUGACCCCACUCCCGCCUCCUCCCGCAGUCAGACCCGUCCUGACCCGGUGUGAGUUCGUGCGACCCGGACCGCGACAGUCCCGCUCUACCCCGGCUCACCCGGCCCCGUCCAUCGGUUCACAGCCGAGCGGCCUCGGGAGCAGCAGCAUCGACUGAACUCUCCGGACAGGGAGAACAAACCGGUUCCAGGCCCAUUGACGUCACACCCGGAUAUCGGACUGUUUUCCCGGGACCACACUGAUCACCAACCGGUUACGAUAUCAGAGCAGAAACGCCGCUCCCUGAUCCGAGGAAUGUCUGCGUGUCGGAAUCCGUCCUGCGGACGGGCAGCAGCUUGCACACAGAAAGUCGCGCUGUGAGUCUCACAGAACAGCAGCACCGGCUCCUCGCCCGAUUGUCUGGCAUGAAGUUGGAAGAAAACGAGUUGAAAAUAUAUCCACACGGAGACUGAAUAUUCUUAGUGAAUUAAGGGUAUCACCAGAAGGCGGCGCUGUCCUGCACCGGGAUCAGAGUGUAGACAAGACGACGACAAUCAACAACCGUCAGUCAGAAUCAGAAUGGCUACAGGUGGGAAAUUAAAUCGGGUACAGAAAGUACUCAAGAGGCUUUUACCAGGCAGCUCAUCGAGGGAAAAUGAUCGGGAUACGGGAAGCAAGGUUCCAAAGCAGGGUCAGAUUGAGAGCAAUGUCCCAAUGGAAUGCGGUCCGGCCGCAGAGGAGGAGAAGCAAAUUCAGCCCAGAGACAGUGACGUCAGAGACACUGAGCAGGACCCUGGAACCGGCACAAGUGAGGCAACUGCCUGUCAGCCCAGAGACAGUGACGUCAGAGACACUGAGCAGGACCCUGGAACCGGCACAAGUGAGGCGACUGCCUGUCAGCCCAGAGACAGUGACGUCAGAGACACUGAGCAGGACCCUGGAACCGGCACAAGUGAGGCGACUGCCUGUCAGCCCAGAGACAGUGACGUCAGAGACACUGAGCAGGUCCCUGGAACCGGCACAAGUGAGGCGACUGCCUGUCAGCCCAGAGACAGUGACGUCAGAGACACUGAGCAGGACCCUGGAACCGGCACAAGUGAGGCAACUGCCUGUCAGCUCGGAAACUCAUUAAACACGGAAUUGUCGAGUGCCCAACAGGGAGUGGAGUUUACAAUCUCCGACCUCCUGGCAGAGGGGGGCGAGUAUCGACUGUAUCAACUGACAAAGUUCUACAGGGACAGACUCAAACAUGCAAUUGAAGAGAAAGUUGAACGACUCGGUUGGAUGUUGACAAAGGAUGGACAUUUCAGUCGAGAAGAAAAUGAGAAAGUCACUGAACUGACAGAGAAGGGAAACCGGACAGAGAGUUCCAGACUCUUCCUCAGUUUGGUGAACGGCAAAGGCUCCCGGGCCCGACAGGCGAUGUGGGAAUCCUUUGUGAUGUGGAGGACUGAGUUACCGAAGUUGGACAGGAUACUGAGGGAGAUACAGGAGCUCGGUCCUGACCCAGAGGAAUACAUGAACAUCGCACAAGGGUUGUCUGAGUUACCCACUGAACUGACAGAUGUUCAACAGAAACACAAGGAGACUCUGCGGGCACAAACUGAAACACUGAGAGUGAACACGAUCCUGAUGAGGGAGAAGGUGAAGGUUUUCCAGCUGAUUGAUCGAUACACAAAGCUCACGGUCAUUUCUACUCUUCGAGAUCGGAGACUGGUGGAACACGAGCUGCUGGCAAGAGGCAGAGACCACGAGGAUUAUAUAGAGAAACAUCUCCGUGGAGCGUUAGAAAAAAUAGAGACUGCUCAGUUAUUCCACAGCAGUUUUUCCCGGAGAAAAUCCAAAUCUGGCAGUUCUGCAGCAGUAGCCGGAGUGCCAGGAAUCGGGAAAACAACAAUGGUACAGAAGAUUGUUUAUGACUGGGCCGCAGGGAAAAUAUUCCAACAAUUCCAGUUUGUCUUCAGUUUCAAAUUCCGGGAUUUAAACUCCAUUAACUGCAGAAUAAACCUGAGGGAACUGAUUCUGGAUCAGUAUCCUUACUUUGGGAAUAUCCUGAGAGAGGUCUGGAAGAACCCAGAGGCAUUGCUGUUUAUAUUCGAUGGUUUGGAUGAAUUCAAGCACACAAUUGAUUUUGCGGACAGUCGGAGAUACACAGAACCCAAGCACCAGUGCCCAGAUCCCGAGUGGUGGUGUGAAGUGUCGGACAUUGUGUACAGUUUAAUCCAGGGCAAACUGCUCCCAGGGUGUUCAGUGCUGGUGACCACCCGCCCCACUGUGUUACAUUUAUUGGAAAAAGCGGAGAUCAGUGUCCGGGCUGAAAUCCUGGGAUUUGUUGAUGAGGAACGGAAGGAAUAUUUCAUCAAGCAUUUUGAAGAUCAGAUGGUGGCAGCAACUCUUUUCAAACAUGUGCAGGAGAACGAGAUCCUGUACACCAUGAGCUACAACCCCUCCUACUGCUGGAUCCUCGCUCUGGCACUGGGCCCCUUCUUCACAGAAAGUGUCAGGGACCCGCAGAGAGUUCCCAAGACCAUCACCCAACUGUACUCCUACUAUAUUUACAAUAUCCUGAAAAACCACGGCCGUGAGAUUGAGAGACCCCGUGAUGUGUUUCUCAGGGUGGGUCAGAUGGCCUACAGAGGAGUGUCCGAGAAGAAGAUUGUGUUUACAGACGGAGAUUUGAUCAAGUUCAAUCUGCAGCCUUCCCAGUUCCUGUCCGGGUUCCUGAUGGAGCUUUUGGAGAGAGAGGAUUCUGCCCACAGUGUGGUGUACACAUUCCCACACCUCACCAUCCAAGAGUUUGUAGCUGCAGUCGCACAAUUCCUGACCGUACAUCCCGAGGAUAUACUGAAAUUUCUCACUGAAGCCCACAACACAACAGAUGGGCGAUUUGAGGUCUUUCUCCGAUUUGUUGCUGGUCUCUCCAACCCAAUGACAGCUCGGGGCCUGGAGGAGUUUCUGGGUCCAUUUCCUCAUCAAACAACCUGCCGGGUGAUUGACUGGGUGAAGGAGGAGGUUAAAGGCCAGAGUGGAAACACUGAUGACAUUGGGAGAAGGAGACUCCUGAACACAUUGCACUACCUGUUUGAGUCUCAGAAUCGUGGACUGGCUCAGGCCGCACUGGGAUCUCUGAAAACACUUUCAUUCAGUGGAAUGACACUGACCCCGGUUGACUGCGCGGUCCUGUCUCAUGCCAUCGGACUCUGUGAUACUAUAAAAGAACUCGACCUGCAGCGUUGCCACAUUCAGUGUGAAGGAAUCCAGCGGCUGGGACCCGGGCUGAGCAAGUGCCAGGAGUUGAGACUCGAGGGGAAUGACCUGGGAGAUUCAGGAGUGAAACUGGUGUCUGCGGCUCUGAGGAACCCGGAGUGUAAAAUACAGAAACUGUGGCUGGGGGAUGUCGGUCUCACAGAUUCUGGUGCCGAGGAUCUCGUCUCCGCUCUCAGUACAAACCCAUCACUGAUGGAGCUGGAGCUGAGUGGUAAUAAACUGGGAGAUUCAGGAGUGAAACUGUUGUCUGCGGCUCUGAGGAACCCGGAGUGUAAAAUACAGAAACUGUGGCUGGAGGAUGUCGGUCUCACAGAUUCUGGGGCCGAGGAUCUCGUCUCCGCUCUCAGUACAAACCCAUCACUGACUUGGCUGGACCUGGGAUUAAACUCUCUGACAGACCGAUCUGUCCCCGAUCUCCGCCGCCUCAUACUGACCCUCCCGAGUCUGGAGCUGAUCUGGCUGUGGGGGAAUCGGUUCAGUGAGACCGGGAAGAAUGAACUGAGACCUCUACAGGGAGUCAGACCCGGACUGGGAGUGAUCGUGUGAACAUCCCCGCCCGUGGAAUGGAGCCGAUUCCCCCCUCCCCUUUAACUACCCCUCCCCCUCCCCUUUAACUACCCCUCCCCUUUAACUACCCCUCCCCCUCCCCUUUAACAACCCCUACCCUCCCCUUUAACUACCCCUCACCCUCCCCUUUAACUCCCCCUC